AUGUCGUACGGAUCAAACAAUGUUGGCGGUAGCCUGUCGCGCUCGAAUCCUCCCACCGAGAGACAAUUCCCUCGAGGGUCCGAAUCGACAUCACCAUUUGACAACGGGGAGCCAGAUGAAGACUGUGAGCCACGACGACGCCUGGCUUUAUACCACCUGGGAAGAUAUCAUCAAGUUCGCGAAAGGUCUCAUUUAAAGGAUGAUGAAGCAACUGCGUACAAACAAGAAACAGGUUUAGAUACUCCUGCAAACAGUGAGAGCUUGCGUCGACAAAGAGCCGAGCACAAUGCAACUUCAGAUCUCUUGCAAUCUGAGCUUGCUAUGUUAAGAGAUGCCCUCGAACGCACCACUUCCAAAGCACGCAGCAAUGCCUCCCGAGGUGAUAUUGGGUUUCUCUUGAGCGUAUUGAUCACGGGCAUCGGCGCUGGCUUCAAUUUGAAGUCCAGCUCCUUCAUCAUGGAGAUCUUGUAUGUAGCCUGCGCUGCCACUGGGCUUCACGGAGCCUAUCGGACGAUUUACUGGGCAGCAUCGAGACAAUGCUGCGCCAAUGUCAGGGUCGUGCAGGACAGCUUGGAGAAGAGUACUCUACGAAGAGAUCGCAGCAGAUACCUCGAAGGGGCAUCUUGGUCCAUUCUGCGAAAUUUGAACCUAUGA